AUGCCUUUACUUAGUAAGAUAAAGAAUGUUUUCUGUUGCACUUCUAACAACGCUUUACUUGACGACGACGAUGAUGAUGUUGCUUCCAUCUUCGAAUACACUCCUGUAAGUCGACCGAACAACGAUCGACAAGAAGUCUCAGAGAAGCCAUUAUUAAGCGACUAUGAUAAUAAUACUGAUUCUACAACAACAAGACCUUUCUAUCAAGCCAACCAAGUUAUCGUAAAGUCUGUUUUAAGGAAAAAUAGACACCCCUCUAUCUCUUCCACGCAAAAUCAUACGCCACAUACGCCAAGGAGAAGAUAUAAUGUCCUGUUAUUCGGGGAAAGUUUAACAGCCGGUUGGAUAAAAGGUCCUGAUGGUUAUGGCACGUACCAUCCAUAUGGUUUGAGAAUACAAAAGAGAUUUGAGGAGAAAGGUUUAGAUGUUGAGGUUACAGUAAGUGGUGUACCUGGUGAAUGUGUCGUUCAAUCUAUGGAAGAAAGAUUAAAACGUGAAUUAGAACAACCUGGUAAAUGGUACGAUUGGGUUGUCAUCCUUGGAGGCACAAAUGAUGUAAUUAACGGAUAUUCUGCUUGGGAUAUUUUUGAUGGGCUCAAAAAGUUAUAUACGCUAUGUUCAAAACACGGUGCUAGAAUUUUGGGAGUAACGAUUCCAGAAUUUGAUUGGGACCUGGUUAACCAUUUAGAUUAUCAACGUCGUAUCGUAAACGAGCACUUAAACGUCUAUAAUAAUAGUACCACAAGAAACGCGUACACACUGUUCCUUUUGGACAAAUUCUUCCCAAUGCAUUCACUAACGACAGAACAACGAAAGAUUUUUUGGGAUCAGGAUGGAGUACAUCCAACCGAGGACGGGUACAACCUCAUGGGAGAAUUGAUCUUCGAUAUCUUACUCAAAGAAGGUUCAUGGAAGUAA